CGUACAGAACAGAUUCAAAUGUGUCUUAAAGGGAGGAGUGAAGCCGCCUCUCCUCCCUCUCUUCCGGCCGGAGGGAAGCUUCAGACCUCCGCGAGGAGAGUUGGUCGCGCGGGCAGUUCGAGCUGUGACUGCAGGGGUCUCGAGCCGUGGAACAGUUUCCACUCACUUUAUCCAUGUAAAAAAAAAAAAAAAAACAUUUCCUCAUUAUGUGUGCGGGUGAAACGUUACUUUCUCUCCAGUUCCGACUCAGCGGAGCGGUGAGUUGUGAGUAAAAUCCUCAACAAGACAUGGCAAAUGUUAAAGUUGCCGUUCGUGUCCGUCCUCUGAACUCAAGGGAGAGCGCUGAUGGAGGAAAACUCGCCGUUCAGGUGGAGAAUAAAUAUGUGAGGAUACAAAACAUGAAGCUGGACGGUCGCUCAGAGGGAACUGUGGACUCCAGAGAGAAGCUUCUGGAGUUUUGUUUUGAUUACUGCUUCUGGUCGGUGGACUCUGCAGACCCUCACUAUGCCUCGCAGGAGGAGGUGUUCCAGGACCUGGGUGUGUCCGUUCUAUCUGGAGCAUCUGAGGGCUACAAUGUGUGCCUGUUUGCCUAUGGCCAAACAGGAUCUGGGAAGACGUACACCAUGAUGGGCACACCGGACUCCAUUGGUCUGACUCCCCGAAUCUGCCAGAGUCUCUUUCAUGCUGAAGACACAUUACCUGAUGGGCAAAACUCAAGCAGAGUAGAAGUCAGUUUCUUGGAGAUCUAUAAUGAGCGAGUAAGAGACCUGCUGAGAGGAGGAGAGCAGAAGAAGAGAGCUUCCCUGAGAGUUCGAGAACAUCCUGAGAAAGGGCCCCACGUACAAGACCUUUCCCAGCAUGUGGUCUCAGACUACAAACAGGCCAUGGACCUGCUAGAAGAAGGUAUCGCCAACCGGAUGACUGCUGCGACCCACAACCACGAAGCCAGCAGCAGAUCUCAUGCCAUCUUCACCAUCCAGUACACACAGGCAGUUUUAGAAAAUAACCUUCCUUCAGAAACUGUCAGCAAGAUUAACCUGGUGGACUUGGCUGGGAGUGAAAGAGCAGACCCCCGCUACUGCAGGGACAGACUGACAGAGGGUUCCAACAUCAACAAGUCCCUGGUCACGCUGGGCAUUGUCAUUUCAGCUCUUGCCCAGAACUCCCAGAUGUCAAGCAGCUGUCAGAGUAUCAACAGUGUGGCCUCUGAGGGUGAUGGCAGCAUGUUGGGAAGCCACAGCAGCUCUCUGUCUGGAGGAGGUGGAGGCGGGAGAAGGCUCUGCUUCAUUCCCUACAGAGAUUCAGUCCUGACUUGGCUUCUGAAAGACAGCCUGGGUGGCAACUCCAAAACCAUCAUGAUUGCAACCAUCUCACCCUCUGUUAACAGUUACAACGAGACCCUGAGCACCCUGCGCUAUGCUGCCCACGCCAGAAAUAUUGUCAACAAGCCUCGGGUUAACGAGGACGCAAACGUUCGUCUGAUCAGGGAACUGAGGGAGGAGAUCGACAGACUGAAGAGCAUGCUGCUCAGCUUUGAACUGCAGCGUAAUCCCAGUCCAUCUCUGAGUGAUGAGAGAGAUGGAAGUCUGUCUGAAAUUGUGUUGCAGAACGAACUGAAGGUGGAACAGCUGACAAAGGACUGGUCGGAGAGCUGGAGAGACAAGAAGGAGCUGCUGGAGCAGUACAGCGUGGACAUCAACAGAGACCGCGCCGCUUUCCUCAUCAACUCCCUUCAGCCACACCUGGUUUCCCUGGAUAGAGAUGUUCUCAGCACCGGGGUUGUCCUUUAUCACCUCAGGGAAGGAGUUACCCGCAUUGGACCUCAGGACCAAUUUGAAGAACCUCACAUAGUCCUGCAGGGCAGUUCCAGCUGUGAGAUUGAAAACCACGGGGGUGUGGUAACGCUCAGACCGCUGCCAGGCUGCGUCUGCCUGCUCAACCACAGAGAGGUCACUGAGCCCUGCAGGCUGGCUCAAGGAACAGUGAUCACCCUGGGAGGAGUGCAUAAGUUCCGCUUCAACCACCCGGCAGAGGCAGCCGUCCUUCGGGAGCGCAGGCGGGCCAGUGAAGGUGUCUCAACCCACAUCUACGAUGACUUUUGUGCUCUAAAUCCUGACAGAAAUGCCAAACAACUGGAGCUCCCGCAGCAGCCGGGUGCCGUCGAGGAGCCUCCAGUCAGGCAGCAGGUGGAGGAGCAGAAACGCUACGUGGAGAGUUUACGACAGGAGAUUCAGGCUGAGCAGAGACGGGUAGAAAGAGAUCUGGAAAGGGAGCAGGCCCAUCUCCAACAGCAGCAUGCUGAAAUCCAACAGUGGAUUUUGCACCUGAAAACAGCAGAGCAGAGAGUCACCCAGGACUCUGGAGUUCAAGUAGACUUCCUUCCUGCUCCUCUUCUGGAGAAGCUAACGAGUCAGGUGUCCGUCAAUCAGAGAGGUCUUAUCAUGGAUUAUCCGUCCCAUGCAGUGAGGGUCAGGAAGAAAGCAGUCCAGGAUGAGCUGCUGAAACACCACGCUCUUUGCCGAGCUGAGAGUCGCAUCUAUCGGAAAAAGUUGCUUUACCAGCUGAAGAAAAUCACCAACAAGAGGCAUCUGCUGGACGCUAAGAGAAAGUUACAGCAGCUGGAAAAAACCCUCCCUCCAGGACCAGACAGCUCAGAGUCUCCUGAGAUGGGAUCACCCAUAAAACUGGGAGAAAAUUCCUAUGUUCACAGAAGACACUCGUUUUCAGCAGAUCUUUUGUCCCGGCUUUACCCACAGCGCACACCUGUCUUCAGUAGACACUUCUUGAAGAGAAACGAAUCUACUGAACAGGCUUUAAAUUCCUCCACAACAUCUGAUUCUCAUGGCAGCAGAAAGUGGGUUUCAGAUGAAUGUCUUCCCCGAGAAAGAACCCAAAGUUGUUCUGGUUGUGUUUUCUCUGGAAAGCAUCAGUCCUCAGAUAUCGUCAAACAAACUACCAAAGAGGAGUCACAAGCUCAGCCACGUCUUGGACAGUUGCAACGAAAAUCUUUGCUGCCAAACCGAGACUUAAAGCUUCGGAACAGAUUGGACCAGAACGCAGCAACCACACUAAAAGCUCCUUCUCCCACCUCCUCUAGAUCAGUGCCAGCCAGCAAGGAAAAUAAACAAAUAACCAAAGCAGAUAAACUUGCAAAGAGCUCUUCUUUAAACGAUAAGGGCUAUUUUUACACAGAUACGAAUGAGCAGGAAACCAUCAGGAAAUCUCGUUCUCAUUCUGUGGGACCCAGAAUAAAAACAGCUUUGUCCAAAGUUUUCAGGAAACCACCCUCAGGUGUGAAGGGAGGUCGAGUCUUUAAGCCUCUUGGCAGGAUGACAAGUAAAUUUCACUGGAGACGAAGAGGCAGCAAAAGCCUUAAAGAAACUAAAAUUAAUAAAUGUGCCAUUAAAACAGCGGUCUCGUGUGAGGAGCUUGAUCAGAGGGUUCAGACUGAGAGCCACGGACAGAGGCGAUGGCAUAGCACCGAGGCUCUAAUGAACAGGAACAUCGUUUCAAAAGAGCGGCAGCAGGGAUUGAUCAGAUGGGUCGAAGAGCAAGAAUUAAGGAAUGAAGGAGCGUCAGACUGCGAGAGCCUUUUCUCUCUCGACUCCCUGUCCUCUGCUUAUGCAACAGCCCUGGCAGAGCAGCUGAGACAUGAGGAGACGAGUGAAGCAGAGAGCGAAGACAGCGAGAUGUCUAAAGAUUCCUUAACUGUGGGGAACAGUGGGAGAGUCCCAACAGUGAAGAGAUGUAAACAAGCAGUGGCACCAGUUUACUCACUGGUGACGGAUUCUGCUCCAUCAGCUGUACAGAAAUGUAAAACUGCAGAGCUCUGCUCCCAGAAACUUACUGCAACCCAAGCAGAGGUACACUGGGGUCAGCAAACCUCGUCAAAGGCAAGACAAGUCGAUCCAACUUGGAAGUCCCCUUCUCAGGUCUCAAUAAUCACAGAUUCCAGAGAGAGAGACACUGUAGAUGAACUCACAGAGGACUUUGGGAACUUGCAGACCACUGGGACUGGCAACCCUCUCUGCAGUGUGAAGGAGCCAGAAAACCUGCAGGUACUCACUGAUACCUCCUGUUCAGAGGCAGCUGAAAGUCAGAAGGUCGACAGGGAUUCUCUGCCCUUACAAAAGCAACUAAUGGUGCAAAAUGCUGAGAGCAGCAUGAAUCUCUCAAACUCACAGAGUGGAUCUAUAAGAAAUGAUUGUAUAUCAACCAGCACUGAGGAUCUAAAUGUUACAGCUCAGGAAAAUAACCUUGUCAUGUCGAGGGAGUCUCGCGCUUAUGCAACCUCACAAGACGUCCUGAAUUCAGGUCACCAUGAGGAUUCAACGUGCUAUAUGGAGCAAUUACAAACAAAUAAAAUAACUUUAAGUACAAAUACUUCAGUCUGCUUCUUCAAUAAAACACUACCUGCUUCAGAUCAAGCUGUUUCACUGACAAACAUUUCCCAAAUCCCCGAAGCAUCAUCAGUUAAAUCUCACGAGUCAGCAGAUGUCCUUAAUGGGAUGGUUUCUGACAUAACAGUGUCUCGUGAUGCUGAAGCGUGCUGCACAAAUUUUCUUUCUACAAGUUCUGCCAUCGGUGUUGAAGUGCAAGAUGGCGUCCCUGCUGCUUUAAAUCUGUUCAAAUCUUCCUCUAAAGAGAAAACACCAGAUGAUAGAGAAGACCUGAACAGUUUUAGAGAUGAACGGGACAAUUAUUUUGCAAAAACAGAGUCUGCACCAGUUACAUGGGAUGAAACCAAAAGCACUGAGCUGCUUGUUGCUCCGCAGCAGGAAGCCGUUAAAUUGGGUUAUAAAACUUCCAGAAAAAGGAACAAAGACCAACAGAUUGCUUUAACGGGUGGCCUGAAAAUACCAAAAAGAAGCAGUAGCAAGGAGGUUGUAACUUUGUGCUGUACACCAGGUGACAUCCUGGAAAAUAUUUGGCCCAAGGACCAGAAAAACAAUGUUUCUGUAAAAGAGCAGUUUGUUGUAGAACCUGACAGCAGAGGAUUUUUUUCUGUUGGUGUUAAAGGCAGUGCUUCAGAUGAGAUUAAGAGUAAAGAACAGCAGCCAAGUGGUCAGAUCUUUGAGGAUAAACAAGCUACCACUGCUGGAGACAAUGAGUCAGCUAAAAAUGAAGCUAAAGCGCACAAGAAAGGUUAUGAAGAAACAGAAAAUGGAGAAUGUCAAACUGAUAGUUACAGAAAGCAUGAAGGCAGUGCAAAGCACACCUGCAAAUCAAAUGCCAUUUGCAGCGCUAUUGAUCUAAGAAUCUCUGAAGUGGUAAAAGAGCACAUGAAACGGUCAGUUAUUGGCAGAGAUGGUGCUCAAAAGUGCUGGAGUCAAAGUGGGAAUUCCUUGUCAUCUGCAUGUCAUUUUAGCUUUGAUGGAGAUGAACUCAAGUGGACAGAAGAACAGCUGAACGCUGAAAAGGUCAACGAUGUGAAAGAAGGAAUGAAGUUCUGUGGAGGUCCUCCAGCGGAGAGGGUGAUGAGCAACAACACAUUAAUCACAACUGAGCAAUUGAAAUCAAAUAGGCCAGUUGAGCUGAAGAACUUCCUUGAACGUUGCAAUUCUCAGGAAAACCCAAUAAAUGAAAGAGUUUCACCUCAAGAAAUAAAUGAAAGAGAUGAACAGAAAGUAACAUCUCUUAAUCUGGUCCCCAACAACAUUUGUUUAAAAAACUCGAACAGUCACACCAGUUCAGACGUUCCUAAUUUUAAUUCUGACCUCAUUCACCAACUUCAGACUCAAACUUCAAACCCAAAACAUCAUAAAAUACCCCAUGAAACACCUUCCACCAGCAGACACGCAGAUAACUAUGGCUGUACUGCUUCAGACGAUGGCUGCACAAAAGCAAAAGCCAAUUAUUUAUCCAAACAAAACUCACCAAAGACGAUUCAGCAUUGCCAAACCAGUCCUGUUAUAUCUGACGCUGUUGAAUCCUUAGAGUUAAAAGCAGACAAACAUCACUGCAUCCAGUUUACUCUUACUCUUCCUGUCCAUGAAGGAAAUAUUCACCUGAACUCCUGUGCACAAGCCAAACCUACCUGUAGUUCUGCAACAUCCAGGGAAGCCGUGAUAAACACAGCUGUUGCUACAUCAGGGAAUCCUGCUCUUAAGAAUAAAAAGAUCAAGACAAAGAAGUUCAGAAAGUCUAAUGAGACUUGUUCCACUUCUGACUCGUCAUCAGAUGAGGAUGAGGAUGGGAAGAACGCGAUUCAAUUGCAAAACAGCAGGCUGACUCCUAAAUGGGUUAGUAAAGGCAAACAAGAGCUCCAAUGGACAAGAAGUAGCCAUGAAGAACUGUCCCCUUCACUGUCAGCAAACAAACCUAAAAUGACAAUCUCUAAUAGAAUCUCAGGAAAAGGAGGGGCUUAUGUCCCAAAAAGACUCUCUUUUCCUCCCCGAGGGGAAUUGCACAGAACAGAUGCAGACAAAAGUCUCUAUGCAAAGAAAAGUGAAGCAAAUCAUAAACCAAAGUGUCAGGAUUCUUCUAUUCAUUUUGCAUCCAGUGACAUAAACCCAUAUGUUCACCAGUGGCAAUACGACUCAAACCAACACAAGAGCCCGGUAUUUGGAAGUGCAGCUGAUCUUUCUUCGAAAUCUCCACUUUUGAACAACUCUGACAGACGUAUGACAAGAUGCUGCAGUGCCGAAAAUGGUUUAAACGGACAGAAUUCUCCUUUUAACUCCCACCUGAGUGCGUAUGCAACCAGCAGGGGGCUUUCCAGUACGCUUAGCAGCAUUGAGGAUUAUAAAAAAUCGUCUGAAGACUCUCACAGUCGCUCAGUUAACAGCAGUUCUUCAGGUAACGAUGCUGCUGGUGGUUUUGACACCAACUCCAGUCAGGUGGAUGAAAUCAUGCUCGUUUAUUCAGAGCAAGAGUCAAAAAAGAGCAAAUCACAAAAAAACAGGAGGAGGACGUGUGAAGACAGUACUCAAACGGAGUGUGCCGCGCCGAAGAGGAAAGGUCUUCAAAAAAAGAGCAGCACUGACGUUCCCUCGGCUCAGAGAAGCAAAGUGGAUGUUAAAGAAUCUCCGACUUGGGCCAGUAUGGAGAGCAUGUCAGCUCACCUCACCAAGCUGAUUGAUAGCACUUCAGAUCUGCUGGGGGACAUUCAGGGGAUGAGGACGGGUGACGUCUCCAAGUCUAGUUCAAGUAGCAUCAACGUCUCGUCCAAUGAAUCCACCAAACAACACAGCUCAACUCAGACAGCCUUAGAUGUUGGGAUUCAGACUGAAGAGGUUACUGAGGUUGGUGUUCCUCCAUUGUCCAGAGAGAAUUACAAUUCUCAUGAAAUUAAUGUGAUUGUGAAAGUCAUCGGUUCCGACACUGUCCGAGUCUCUCAAGAACAGAAUGCAGACUCUGUGAUGAAACUUAAAACUCACACAGACGUAAGGAGGCAGAGCAUGCCAGACCAGAGGCUGAACAAGUCAGUGGUAGACCCUCUCAAAUCAGUUGAUUGUCACAGACGUGUAAAGUCAGCUUCGUUUCGACCUUUAAAGCACAGCACACCGGAGUCUUUGGGCCGCAGAAGUGUGGCAGUGUCUGAAAUCUCCACCAGAUCAUCAAAAAAGUGCUGUCAGGAACAUCAUAGCCCUGAUUCAGCAAAACACCCAUCUGCUUUUUUGCAAAAAUCAGCUACCUACAAAGACCGUGCAUCGUCUCCCAUUCGUACUUUAGAAACAAGAUUACAGCUGAGGCAGGGAGGAAAACAAUCACAUUCAAAAUACAAGGAUUCAAGGCAUCCCUCCGAAGAAGGCAGCCUUACUGUUCUUUCUGUGUCCGAUGACUGUUCAAGUCCCAGGCAGGGCUGUGAACUUUCCUCUUCUAAACCAGAAACUAGAUUAUUUGAGAGUUGCUCAAAUCUUCAGGAAUCAGAACGGUGCUUCCUAAGCCCUCGAUCGUUGCUGGAUAAAUAUACAGAUACUGACAACAGAAACUUGAGCUACAAAGAUCCGGAUCAGUGCAGCUCCAGAUGGCAGGUGACCUCCCAACAGUGGAGCACCUCGACUACACAGAACCACGUCUCUCCUACAUCGAGACACAUUUCUGUUCAUAAACAGAACUUCACAGUUGAUUCUGGGGAUUGCUGCACAGAAGAUGACCUGGUGUCACUAACACCCAGCGAGUGCAAUACAGAAGUCCUUGUAAGCAUCAAACCUGACGCCAACGUGUCCGCUUGUGAAGAACGUCAGAGAGUCCCGGAGGACCUGCCCAUGCACAACAAGUUCACUAACUGGUCGGGCAUCAGCCACCACCAACAACCAAAGAAACUGACCAGUGAGCUCAAAAACUGUGCCGAGUGUGGCGAGAUGGAGAGCUCGGGUUUAAACGUGGAGGCGAGCGACAGAAGAGCAGCAGAGAUAAUGAAGCUGCGACAGGAGAGGGAACGAGUGAUGGCCACUGUCACCCUCAGGACGGCUCUGACACCUCUGACUGUGGAGCUGACAGAGGCCAAGCUCCACUAUGGGCUGGGAGAGACAGAUGCUUUGUUGAAGAUCCUCUCCCCGAGGUCCAAAGAAGAGCAGCAACCACCGACCUCAACUCCCACCAAACAGCAGCUUUAUGACAGGCAUCGCCGGAGCAUUGAGGGUUUGAAGCAAGAGAGAGAGGAGCGACUUCAGACGUAUCAGGGAGUCCGCAGACUGAGUCUCAGCAAACAUCCAUGCAGCCCACGACAAGAAGUCAUUUCCUCUGCUGUUAUGCCUAACCUGCGCAAAGAAUACCCUCAACAGCACCCCCAAGUGAUCGAUAGUACCAGGUUAACAGAUCCUCCGAUAGGAGAGGCACAGUUUCCACCUGACAUUGAGCAACUGUUGUGGGACUAUGGCCGAGCCCGGGAAGAAGCCAAAACAGAAAUCGCAAAGGCACGGGAGAGACUGCGAGAGAGGACGGAGCUGGAGAAAAAGAGACUCCAGCAGCUUGCUGUUUCUCAAGAUGUGAAGGAUGACCUGAAGCAUCGGACCAGAAUUAGCAGCAGCACUUUGUGCACAGGAUCCAGUCUGAGUCUCUCCUCUGGACUGACAUCAGGGUACAAUAGUAGCAGCACUGCUCAAGUGAAGUUUUGGAACAGACCAGUUUUAAAUGGAAAGAUCACAGGAAUCCAGGAUGAAGGAUGUAAACUUUGGACAUGGUUUCCUUCAUGUGCUUCUCAGAGUGUGAAAACACAGCGAACAUGGCUGUCAGCCCACGAUGUCAGUCUCGAGCCACCUGUUAGUGGUCCUGAGCCACCAUUGGUUUCCUCUCCAUCGCCUCCAGUUUGUGUUCGUCAGCGUGCUGCAUCCUUUGGCUCCGCCUCUUCUGCAUCUACAGCCUAUCAAAACAUCACAAACAGCCUCAUCAAUCAGGUUCUGGCUGAGGUCAGAUUGGCUUGUUUUGGGGAUUUUGGCAGCCUAAUGAUGGGCAAAGCCACAGCAGGAUGGAGGUACCAAGGAGAAGAACGAGGAAUUCAGGCAUACUACAGACCUUCCUCCAACCUGUCUGUCCACAGUUUUUUGGGGGCUGGAGAGCUGGACAGACCCCUGGACAGCUUGUGGAGCACUGUUUGCCAGAUAUCCAGGAGCCACAUGUAUCAUCAGGCAGUUCGUUCUGUUUGGACUCGACCACUAGAUGACAGCACUCAGCUGGUUUACAUACUAACAGAUUCGUCCGCCUGUCAGCUCAGCCAGCCGCGGGACUUCUGCUGCAUCAGCACCGAGUCUAAACAGGGUCGUCUGUGUCUUCUGGCAAUGCAGUCUGUGUUUGAAGAGUCUCUGCCUCGACCCAGUGUUGAUGUCAUCCGAGGCAAAAUGAUGCCCAGUUGCUGGAUCCUGCAGCCAGUUCAGCGUCGUGGACAGGAGCUCACCAGAGUCAUUUACCUGCUGCAGGUGGACCUCGGCUCUCCAUCGUUUCCACCUCGUCUCUUGGACACCAUUGCCAGGAGACAGGCCGCUGUCAUCGCUGAUCUUGACGUCUUCGUCUCGUCAUAAAUCUACAGGAUAUAUGAAUGAAAGCACAUUAGCAGUGAGCACUUAGACCGAACUUUCUGUUUUUACUACUUGCACCUAAAUCUUAUAUACUUGACUUUUUUUAAGGGCACUGUUGUGUUUGUAUCCAAACAAAAAAAGUUGUAGCAGCUUUUUUUUUUCUAUAAAUCUAUUUUUAAUAAGUAAAUAUUUAUAUAUUUAUAUUUGUAUAUGAAUGCUUUUAACAAUCUGUUUUUACCAAAGAUUCAUUAAAAGGUUUUAGCUGCAGAUUUAGCAUAUUUAAUUUAGGUUUGGACCACUUUACAUUUAAUUUACCAGCCUGUAGCUAAAAACAAACCUAAAGUUUUGUUCGAUUGCUUCACACAGAUUUUAUGUACAAUGACUACUUCCUGCCGCCUUUUUUUAUUUUACUUUCAUAUUCACCCACACAUUCUAAUAGUUUCACAUGUGAAUGCAAGAUAAAAAACAAUAUCUAGAAACAGAUAUUCUCAAACUGCCGUUAGGUUCAGCACCUACCCCGUUUGUUUUUCUUCAAGCACAGCAUAUUUUCCCAUGAACAGCUUUUAUUUCAGAAAUAAAUAGUGCUCUCGUGCCUUGUUGUAGCAAAACAUGAUAAAAGAAAGGCUUUUUGUUAGAAAGUACAGAAAGAAGAAACAGCAUCAAUCAUCUGAGGUUUUAAGGACCUGUAUGUCCCCGUGUUCCAUAUGUUUUUAUUUAUUUCCAUUUUAAAAUAUUGUUGAAUGUGUUUCUAGUUUUAUUGUGAUUUUUUUUUGUACCAAUACAUAAUAAAAGCCUGGCAUGUACCAGGUAUGUACCUGGUACUUGCUGAAUUUUACCUGGUUCUCUCCAAGUACAUACCUGGUACUUAUUAGGAAUUUACCUGUUAUUUACCAGGUACAUACCACUUGAUACAGUAUGUAUCAGGUACAUACCUUGUACUUAAACAAGUUUGUACCUGGUAUUUAUGAAGUGCGUUGCUGAUACUUAUUACGAGUGUACCUGGUAUUUCCCUUGUACUUACCAGGUACACACCUGGUACUUACUAGGUUUUUACUGAGUAGUUCUUACCAGGUAAGUUCAAGGUACAAUCUCUACACAUGAGUUCUUACCUGUUAUGAAGACACUGGUAUGAGCCUAGUACUUACCUAUUACUCUUUGAGGCUGUAUUUGUACAUACUUGAUAUUUACCUAGUACUCUUCAGAUAUGUACCUGGUUUUUACUGGUAAUGUACCUGGUGUUCACCAGGUGCACAUGUAGUGUGUAUGUGCCUGGUACAUACAGGUACUUUAUUGGUACUAAUUGGGUAUUUAUCAGGUACUUACAGAUGAUAUAUUUACGUGGAAAAAAGUGCUGGUUUGGUAGCAGAUACGUACAAAGUAUGUACACCGUAAGUACCAGGCAUGCACCCUGAAAGUACUAUGUACAUACCCAGUAGGUAGAGAGUAACAAGUUACUUCUUAUCUUCCUAAAAAGCCUGCAUGUUUUGUAAGUAUCCCUGUGGGUCACCUGGCACAUGCAGUACUUAAGUACCUGGUAAGUAGCCUACUGUGUUUGUUUCAGGUAAGUACCAGGCUUUAUUAUGUAUUGCUACCUUUGUUUAAUGAGCAACGCAUGAUGCUGUUUUCAGUUGCUUGCACUAAAUUUUUUCUCUGUUCUUUGGUAAUGUUCCAGAUUAAAAAAAACACGUUUUUGUUCAUGUUUUAAACAGAUUCAGAAGCUGAUCAGUUGUCUCCACCUGAUCACCUGGAUCUUAAGAAGUCUUGUUAUUAACACUAGCUGAUGGCUCAGGACGCUUUCUGUUUCAGAGCAACUAAAAGUCGAGCAGCGUGAAGGAACAGAAAGAAGUUUUUGUACUAAAAUAUUUUUAUACUCAUUUUCAGUUUUUUUUCUUUAUGUAAAAAGUUCAGGUAAUGUGCUGUAGGUUACAGGUUAUUUGUUACAAUGCUUCCUGUGGCUUAUCUGUCAUUUUCUGCUACGUUUAAAUUGAAAAAUAAAAACAUUUGUACGCAUAA